UGUUGUGCUGAACCAGAAGCUGCGAGCGCUGCUCGACUCGACUGUUUGCGCGCUGCUUUCAAAGUGAUGCCAGGCCGUUGCGCGGUGUUACUGGAGUCAAUGCAUGUGCGAUUCACCUCUCUGCAACCUCGCUGAUCGGCCUCUUGCACCGGACCCUGAGCAAUGGUCACCGAGGGUCACGUUUCAGCGCGACGCACUUAUCAAACUCUUGCGCUUUCUGGCUCUCAAGACCGCGUCUUGAUUCACAGAUAACUUUUGAGGCUCGGUCGGGUCCAGAAAGGCAUGGUUUCAGGCUUGCGGGACUUUACAAGUUGUAGUCCACUUUGAGGCAAAGCUCCAGGGCAUGAUCCAGUGAGAGGCGGCAGGGGAAACAGUCGUGACAGGGGAGAGAGAGAGGAAGAGAGAGAGAGAGAAAAUAAAAUGCUCGGAAGUCCAUCCAACAACGGCGGCCUCAGAAUGCUCGCUCCUCCGGCCCCGAGCGACGACAGGCGGGUCGAGUUCGUGGCGCUCACCGCCGUCCAGACCGAGCGGAGCGAGCCGUCCACCCCGGAGCGCGGACACCCGUCUCACCGCACGGGGCUCCUGGGCACCCCGCUGCCCGGACCGCCCGGACCCCGAGCCAACGCGUCCGCCUCCAGUAAGCGCUUCAGAAAGUUGCAAAACUGCCUUUACAACGUGCUGGAGAGACCGAGAGGCUGGGCAUUCAUCUAUCAUGCGUUCAUUUUUCUGCUGGUGUUCAGCUGCUUGGUGUUGUCUGUGUUUUCGACCAUUCCUGAGCACCAAAAGAUGGCCAACCAAGGCCUCUUCAUCCUGGAGUUUGUAAUGAUCGUGGUGUUUGGCUUGGAGUACUUCAUCAGGAUCUGGGCAGCGGGCUGUUGCUGCAGAUACCGGGGAUGGCAGGGACGCCUGAGAUUUGCCAGGAAGCCCUUCUGUGUCAUAGAUUUCAUCGUGUUUAUCGCAUCGCUAGCGGUGAUCGCCGCAGGGACGCAGGGCAACAUCUUCGCCACGUCGGCCCUGCGCAGCAUGCGUUUCCUGCAGAUCCUGCGCAUGGUUCGCAUGGACCGACGGGGAGGCACCUGGAAACUACUGGGCUCCGUGGUUUACGCUCACAGCAAGGAGCUGAUUACAGCCUGGUACAUCGGUUUCCUGGUGCUCAUCUUUGCCUCCUUCCUCGUCUACCUGGCUGAGAAGGACAUCAACUCAGAUUUUGGCACCUAUGCAGACUCCCUCUGGUGGGGGACUAUAACUUUGACCACCAUUGGGUACGGAGACAAGACGCCUCGUACGUGGCAGGGACGACUUCUGGCGGCUGGCUUUGCCCUCCUGGGCGUCUCCUUUUUCGCCCUGCCUGCUGGGAUCUUGGGUUCAGGCUUUGCCUUGAAGGUUCAAGAGCAGCACCGGCAGAAGCACUUUGAGAAGAGGAGGAUGCCUGCUGCAAACCUCAUACAGGCCGCAUGGCGUCUCUACUCUACAGAUGCCAAACACUCGUAUCUAACAGCAACAUGGUAUUUCUACGACAGCAUGUUGCCGUCGUUCAGAGAACUGACGCUACUGUUCAGUCACCUCCAGCGACAACGUAACACCAAGAAGGUUCUGCAGAACUCCUACAACACGCUGCUGUCUGGGCUCCGGCCCUACAGCUCCCCCUAUCUGUCGAGGGACAGGAAGGCAGAAGUUCCAUGCAGUCAGCUCCUUUCUAAAAAGCGAGGUCUCUUCCGGAUUCAUGCUGGGCGCAAGCAGAGCAGUAAAAUGGGCUUCCGGGAUCGGAUCCGGAUAAACAACUCUCGUUCAUCCCAAACCAUCCGGAACAAGGCUUCACCGUUGCCCCCAGGCUCCGGCGUCCGGUGCUCCCCGAGCCAGGAGAACGUCCCUGAAGCCACCAGCCCCGGAAAGGUCCAAAAGAGCUGGAGCUUUAACGACCGCACGCGCUUCCGCACCUCCCUUCGCCUCAAGCCACGGCCACCUGUUGAUGUGGAAGGGGUUGGAGAGGAAAGCGUGGAAGACAAGUCAUACUGCGAUGUGGCCAUGGAGGAGGUGAUUCCAGCUGUGAAGACGCUCAUACGAGCUGUAAGGAUUCUGAAGUUUCUAGUGGCGAAGAGGAAGUUUAAGGAGAUGCUGCGUCCAUAUGAUGUGAAAGACGUCAUAGAGCAGUACUCUGCAGGACACCUGGACAUGCUGGGCCGCAUCAAGAGCUUGCAGAUGAGGGUGGAUCAGAUAAUUGGGCGAGGAGGUGUUCAGUCUGAUAAAAAAAUGCGACCUGAAAAAGGAGAGAAGACGCCUCCGGAACUGGACCCACUGGACGAGCUCAGCAUGAUGGGCCGUGUGGUCAAAGUGGAGAAACAGGUACAGUCUAUAGAAAACAAGUUGGACCUCAUGCUCAACUUCUACUCCCAGUGCUUGAAGAAAGGCUCCUCCCACGUCACGCUGUCCUCCCUCCUGGACCCUGACUUGACGUCUGACUACCACAGUCCCACGGACCACAGAGACCUCUUCCCAUCUGCUAACACACUAAAUAUCUCCCAGUCUGAUAGUGGGAACUUGGAAUGACAAUGGGACACAGACACUAACCCUUUACAGUAUGUCCUCCUAAGGCUGAGUCCUCUGUCUGAGUAGCCGAGCAUACCAAACCUCCCCUUUAAUCCAGAUCUGUUAUGAUUUCCCCUCCCAUCUCAAGUCUCCGACAUUGGCCACUAGGUGGCUCCAGCUGACUAGGAGCCUCAGCCAAAGCUGCUUACCGCACACGCCUCUCAACUCACUGGAUGAGGAAAGUACUUGACUACUGAAGCAGUCUCACCCACUCACAUCAUGCUGUAUAUCUAAACCUACUUUAAAACUUUAACUGUAGACAGACUGUGGAGGGACCUUUUGCAGAUAUCUGGAGGAAUCAUCUCUUUCCUCUUUGUCUGGCUUUAUUUUUCCUUGGGCACUUCAAUCGACUGAAAGUUGUUGAAGAGCGUUCCCAUUCCGACAUUAGGGUGACAACACAGUUUUUUAUGCUGUGAUGAAUGUAGCUGUUUCUUUGUUCAAGAGAAACGGCAAUAUGAGAACAAGAGCCAUCGACACCUGAAGGACAAACACAGUUGGACCUGGAUCAGCUGCACCGGCACCGGUCCCACCCAGCAAGAGAAAUUUUGUUUUCCAGAUCCGACGUUAAUCACCCAAACGUUUCACAUUAGAACAGAGUGGAAAUGACGUGCUGGAUUGACUGUGGAUUGAACUAUACCUUAGUGUAAAUUGUUGUUUGUUUUCACAUGUAUUUCCUCUUAAGGAAAUCUGGUCUCUGACAAGCCCAACAGCAAAAAAAAAAAAAAAAAAAAAAAAGACACACACAUUGUUUCCAGCUCAGCUGCCAUUGUGUUGAGGAUUAUGUAGGAUUUAAUAGAGCUGUGGUGGUCCGUUGUAAUUCUCAAAUCUCUUUUUUUUCACCAAUUUUUCCAGACUACUGUGCAAACUACAACCAUUUUAGUGACGUACACUUUUACUUUAAAAACAAAACUUCUGAAAGUCUCUGUCUUGCAGCCCAUAAUCCUGCCAUAUUUAUUCAUCAGACUUGCUUUUCAAGAGAUGGUCCAGAAUUUUUGUGGAGGAGUUCUGUAAAAACAUAACAAAAGGUUAAUAUAUCUGUCGGGUCCCGGUUCUCUUGGUGUCUUUUGGUUUAAAUCCAGUUCUUUGGACCCAGGGGCUACAUGUCUAUUACUAAAUGGCAACAUUUAUAUCUGCUGUAUAUUUAAGGAAAACAAAAUAAUUUUCUUUCCUGGAAAAUAUUAAAUAAGUUCUGACUUAUUAUAUUAAUUUUAGUUCAAACAACUAUAAAUAUUAAAAACAUAAUUCCAUUUUUUAAAAAAUUUACGGUUUAACAUUGCCAACAACCAACAUUUGAAGUCAUGAUUAAUCAUAAAUGUAUUUAAAGCUUCUGUGGUUUUCUAAAUUUGUUAAGUUAAAUAACCAACUUUUAUUAAACUUUUGAUUUCAGUUCUAUUUAUAGGAAAUCGUGACAUUCUGUCUGGCAUUCAUCUAACUUUUCCAGCAAAACAAGCUGGCAGGGUCACAUUCUUGUGAGGGGAAGACUCCAGCAACACUUGAACUACUAGGAAACAACUUUAUUUGCAAGGCAACACAUUUCAGCUUGUAGCCUUCAUUAGGGUCACAUUCCUUCCAUGUUUUGGAAUUUUUGUUAUUUUGACUGGAUCUAAAGACCAGCCAGGAUACUUUGAAGUGACCUGAACCUUAUUUUGAGCAAGAGGUCACAAAUCUAGAGAUAUUUGUGUGCUGCAUCUCCAAACUGCUCUGAUGCAUUAAAGGUAUGAGCCUUUAAAAUGCUAGAAGACAAUUUUGGUUUCAAUCCCCUUUCAAAAUAGCAUUAGCUACAGUCUCUGGGUCCUGCAAGUCUGUAUUUACCCAAAACAAAGACAGCAAGAGAAUAAAUUAUUCCUUUCAGUAAGACAUUGGCUCAUUGUUAAGUUAUACAGAACUUCAAUUAAAAAAAUUCUGACAGAUAAAACUUAGAUCCGCCAUAUGAAUUUAGACGGACUAUGCUGAAAGCAGUUCUCUGCACUGCUUUUUGUCACUCAUAUCUGGCCUCAAGUCGGGUAAUACCUCACAACCUCUGUGUCACAAGGGCAGUUUUUUAUUCUUGUUCCUGUAUCAGAUGUCACAUGCACUUAAAGACAGCACAAGCACAGUUUUAAACAAUGAAUGAUGCUCAAGAAAUCCAGGUCUAAUGCAUGAAUUUCAGAUUAUCAUUAAUGCAUGUUCCAUUAAGAUGCUUCAUAACAAAAGGAUGUGCAGUUGAUCAUUAAAAUGUUACAUGCAGACAAACAGAAACAACGAAAGCGCUUCAUAAUUGGAACGCCAUUUUGUUGUUUAAUUUAGCCUAUUUCCUAUUCCAAUGUGUUUAAUUUGACAAAACAUGUUGUUUCUUAAAGUUUUGUGUUUGCUGACAUAAAUUUAGGAUUUGUGUUGAUAUUUUUUCAGAACUGAAGUGACCCACAGACUCAUUGAUCUUGAACAUGGAUGUCGUUUUGAGUGUAUGUUCAUAUUUCCUGCCUGCGACAGCUGCAAAAAAAAAAAAAAAAAAAAAAUCCUUCAUUGUUUUUGUCCAGUGAUUAAGUCUUCCAUCUCCAGUCACGUCCAGCUGACUCAGGUGCUCCACUUUUCCAUUUAAGUGAGACUUUUAAACAGUGAAUGUACUUCAUUGCUUGGCCUGUUCAGAUCUAUUUCUGCUCCAAUGGCUCUUGACGCUAGAAAUUGUUUUAGGCACCAUCCAAGUUUUCUACUUAUUUCCGUAGGAAAUACUUGGAUAGCUUUAUUUCUAGGGACUGAAUUACUGCAGAAAUCCCUGUUUAGUAGAGACAGUGUUACCAUGAACGACACUGUUAUUCAUGAUAAUUAAUGGAAGAUCACUUUAUUGCAUGUUGUUCCUAAUGUGGCCACCGUAUUAGAAAAAAAACAAACACACAAAAAUGUGUUCCAGAAAGAAGAUAAAAGCAAAUAACCUGUGCCUUGUUUCUUCUUAUUCCGUGAAAGGUGUGGUGAGCCUUUCUAUCUCCUACUUAAAACAAUAAAAAAAAGCUUGGAAGAAGUCUGAAAUCACACGAAAGAAUGCUUUUUUAAAAACUUUUUUUUUUUUGCAUAACAUUUAACGAAAAAAAAAAUUAGUUGUAAAAAUUUUAUCCUUUACAACUACUGUAAUUUUCUGAGAAUAUUACUGUAUCGUCAGCAUAUCACCGUACCUCCAUAGAAACCCAUACAGUAUCUUAACACCCUUUAGAUGUGGAAGCUGGAGGCACGGACAUUUUGUGUCAACACAGGAAUCUCUGCAGGCAUGUGUGCUGUCACAAGCAUGUCACAUUAGAUAAGAUUGGCUUCCACUCAACUACCUCUGAGGCCUCUAGGGGGCGCUAGUUUAGAAACCUGAUUAGGAGAAACAGUUAGUGACUGUCCAACUGACUGAAUGCUAUGCAUGAACCAAUCUGCACGUUCUCUUAUCUGUUAGUGACGUCCCUAUCAUCCGUCCAUCUUUUCACUGACUUGCUGCCAUUUGACAUUCCACCUCAUUAAUCUUUUAGCUGCUUUCCUACUGUAGGUUUUGGAGCUGCUGUUAGAAUAAAGCACGAACUGAACAAGCAAUAAGUAAAACACAAAUUCAAUACAAAGUCUUCCAAGUCCAAAUGGUGGGGCAGUUGAACAAAAUGCAACGUUGGUUUGUUUUCUAAUCUAACCUAUAUUUGAUCUUUUAAAGAGGUACAAAAAAUGUGUUUCUGCUGAGAAGAAAUUUUUAGAAAACUAACUUAUUAAUUUAUUUGUUUCAAUAAAGCUCUUUGGACUGUU